AUGAGGAUACCAGGGGCAUGGAGACAGCCUGGGAUACCAACCGCACAAAGGCAGCCUGGCAUACCAGGGGCACAAAGGCAGCCUGGGAUACCAGGGGCACAAAGGCAGCCUCACAAAGGCAGCCUGGGAUACCAGGGGCACAAAGGCAGCCUGGGAUACCAAGGGCACAAAGGCAGCCUGGGAUACCAGGCUGUCUGA